AUAGAGAUAUAUAAUAUAUUUUAUGCUCUAAUCUAUUCUACUAUAUUUCGAUGGUUAGAGUCCCCUUAUUAUCACUUACAUACCGAGACCCCAUGAGAGAGAAUCCUUUUAGAUUUUCGGGCAGAUAGUAUCAUUUUCGAGUAUUUGUGAAUCGUGAAUCUGUAUGUCAAAUCCCUACCAACUGAAAAGUGUUGUGGGUAUUAAAGAUGACAAACUGUUACAGCAAUGAAACCACACAUGUACAGUAAUUGAUGCGUGAUAUUCCAGGGCUGUGUAUUCCUAUUUCCUUUCAACAAUCACAGUAUUGUCUGUAUGUUUUUGUACACAACAGUGAAAUGGGAGAGAAUAUGAAUUGUGCAAACUGCAAACCCAGCAGUAGAGAAGCUCCAUGGAUUGCAGUGAUCAUCCGUUGUUUAGUUUUCCACUGGCGCUCUUCAAAGAGAAUAGCAAAGAGUGGCGCAUUAUGCUCUGCUCUGAAUUUCUGAAUUCCUGCCCUUACUCUGUGGUAGUGUUGGUGCCUGAGGCUGUAUCAAGGACCGAGGGAUGAAACUGGAGCCGGACCAGAGAGAUGGAACCAGGCCUUCAGUUCAGAAGCUCCCUCCUUUCCUCCCACUCACAAAAGGAUUCAUCCCUUUCAUGCCCCCUCCUCUCCCCCCAGCAUUUACCCAUAUAUCUACCAGCAUGUAUUUUUUUUAAACUAACACCAACAACUCCCAGCCUAUAAAGUGUCAGGUCAAUGUAAAUGAGCUGUGGUUAAAAGCGGAGGCGAUUGAUGUUGAAAGUGACUCAUGCAUGCAGUGGUGGUGGAGAUACAGUCAGCCUUGAAUGAGUAGAGUUAGUCACGUUCAGCUAUAACGUUAAUCUGAUGCUCAACCACUGAGUGCAAUCUAAAAAGGCCUCCACACAUAACAGGGGCUUGUUGAGCUUAUUUACGAGAUUGUACUCACAACCCAAUGAGUGUAAACAAGGAUCAAAAACCAUGAAGGCAGUCAUAGCAUAUGAUGAUAUUUUUGAUGUUCUGGAUGUGAAAAUAGCUUAUUUUAUUUGUCUAUUAAACUGUGUCUCUGUAUUCCCCGCUAAUGUCCUUUUGAAACACGCACCUGUGGCUGAUACUGUUUAAUGAAGGACUUGGGACCAAGGCACAGACGGCACCUACUGCUUUUCAAAGAGCCCCAUCCAGAGAAGAGAGAGAGGAGAAGUAGCCCCAUCACCGAGGGCAUUUUCCAGGCCAGAGAGAAGCUUUGGCACGACAAUGGGCCUCAGGAUCUCGUCACGUGGACCACAUGAUGGUUACCCCAAUGGACCGGGCCACCACCUCCCUGCUCAACGUCUUCCAGGGCAAGGAGUGCGGGGCGGAGGGCUCAUGGCGCCAGGGCCUGGAGCAGGAUGUCACCCCCACCCAUGGCUGUGCUGCCCUGGGCAUCCGGCUGCCCCACACCGAGUACAAACUCUUCCGCAUAGAGCGAGACUAUGCGAAACGCCUCCUUCUCUUCAACGGCCAGAGGCCCACGGAUGGCUCCAGCCCUAACCAGCCCCACAUGACAGCCACCUCCUACCAGGUUCCCCUGGUGCAGUGUGCAGGGGCUGGCCAUGGGCCAGCGGAGUGGAGGGAAACUGACGAGCUCCAAAGACUGUGGAGUAGCUGCUGCAGACACAGAGGUGGUGGCAUGGUGGAUAUGGUUAGACUACUGCUUAUUGCUGCUAUCACCGUUCUGCAUCUCAGGUCGGAGUAGCUGCUGCAGACACAGAGGUGGUGGCAUGGUGGAUAUGGUUAGUCUACUGCUUAUUGCUGCUAUCGCCGUUCUGCAUCUCAGGUCAGAGUAGCUGCUGCAGACACAGAGGUGGUGGCAUGGUGGAUAUGGUUAGACUACUGCUUAUUGCUGCUAUCGCCGUUCUGCAUCUCAGGUCGGAGUAGCUGCUGCAGACACAGAGGUGGUGGCAUGGUGGAUAUGGUUAGACUACUGCUUAUUGCUGCUAUCGCCAUUCUGCAUCUCAGGUCGGAGUAGCUGCUGCAGACACAGAGGUGGUGGCAUGGUGGAUAUGGUUAAACUACUGCUUAUUGCUGCUAUCGCCGUUCUGCAUCUCAGGUCGGAGUAGCUGCUGCAGACACAGAGGUGGUGGCAUGGUGGAUAUGGUUAGACUACUGCUUAUUGCUGCUAUCGCCGUUCUGCAUCUCAGGUCAGAGUAGGUGAAUGUUAUUGUUGUUGUGGAGCAGCACUUCAUUGACUGUGUAUUGGACUUUCAGACUCUUUGAAUACAGCAUAUGUAAUUGCAAUGUUGAAUUCUAUUAUUCAGAGUCGUGUUCAGUAGACAUCAAAAGAAGAAAAAACUUUGACAGGAAGUGAAACUGGGAAGUACUGUCCAAUAAGAAAUGCAUUUUUCCUAUGGUGUGCCCAACACAACAUAAGUUGUCUAUGGCCGUGAUUCAAUCUGACUGUGAUUUGUCAACAAUGUGCCAUUUAAAUCAGCGAUAGUUUCUAAAUACAUUUUUGGACUUAUGAGCUGACCAAUGCAGCGUUUACCAUGAAUGCAGUCUCCGCAAAGAUUGCCUUUAAAAGCUGCAUUGUGGACAAAGCGCAAUCAGAUUGAAUCCUGGCCAGUGGUAUCAUGUUUCAUGCAGCUCACUUCAAUUACAUUUGCAUGUUCAACACAGGGUUUGCGAUUUUGGAGUUAACAAAAUGGAGGUUAUCGAAUACAAAUGAAGCCUUGCUCUUCCUCAAAGACAAAAGAUAAACAAAGAUGACAAGCCACUAGAAUGUUAAAGAUUUUAUUUAUUUUUCAUCAAUGUUAAAUACCAUGGGACAGGACUGCAAGAACGUAGAUCUUUUUGCCUCACAAGGGAUAUAGAAUUUGUGUAAAGAAAAAAAAAAAAUCUAGAAAGAAUAGAAAUAAUUAUAAAAUUCAUUUUUUAUAAUUGUGUGUUUAUGUCAGUAGGGAAAAGGAAAAGUAGGAGUCACCUAUAUUCCCAGCAUACUGUAUCUUUUCACAUACCUCAACAAAAAACAAGUUUAGAAGAAUUGAGUGAAAAUGAGAAUGUUUAGGCAACAUGUAGCAGAGUCUUUUGUUUGGAAGGCUAUUUCUUCAUCCCAUUUUCUUAAAAUCAUUAAAAUAACAGACAAGA